GUCAAAUACAUAUAUUUCCUUUCUUGUGUGCUUUAUACAUAUUAUACAAAUAACAGUUAAGUUAUAUCUUAUCUAUUAAUGAUUAUAUUUAUUUUAUUAGUCAACUAAAUUUUCGAUUUUAAAUUGCAUUAUUUUUUUUUAUCGUACAUACAACAAAAUGGUAAUUUAAACUACGCAUGUAAUAUAAACAAAUUUGCCUUCGCUUGUUUAACCUCGCUCGAAUAUAAUUGACAAAAUAUUAAAUUUAAAUUAUCGAUACCAAAUUACUGAGAAUUAAAGAAAAAUGUGCGACAAAUUUUUGGAAAAAUCAAGAGAGGAUCAUACAGUUUUUGUUGACGAAUCGUUUAUCACGAAAAAAGAUUUUCUACUAUUGAUCGAAGAUUCCGAGUGCGUACAAAAAAUUCCUACACCUUCCUCAAUCGUAUAUCCAAAGGCAAAUUUAUAUUAUGCCUUUGGCGAGGAUGUGCACCCGAUGAAAAGAAUUAUCGCCGCUUCAAAGUUUUUCGGAAAGGAUAAACUUUUAUCGCAAGUUGUGUCUUGCGAAGAGGAUCUCUUUGCGAAUGAGGAUCUUGAUUUGGAAGACAAAGCUGUAAAUUGUUAUCUUAGAAUUCACCCAGCGAGUUUCGUUAUUUUUGGGAAACCAGGAUUGAAUUUUGCCGAUGUGGCAUCAGCGAUAGCCGAAGCUCAGAACUGCGUUUUAAUUUCGCCCAUAUCACUGAUUCAGGAAGAGAUCGCUGCUUGUACUGACAAAGGUCGAUAUAUGAAAAGAAUUUUGCGGCUCGGCAAAUCUGUAGGACCGGAAAUCCUGAUGACUCUGAUACGACGUAGAGUUGGAAUGAGAGAUGUCAGGCACAGAGGUUACGUUAUUGGAUGUUUACCCUUCAUUCCUAAUGACCUAAGUUUCGUUUAUUCCAAUCUUGUUUUAGAUGACACUUGCGAAUUUUACGAAAACACAGCGGUUGAAUCAAACGGUGAGGCAAACGAAGGUCGAAUUACAUCCGAUGAUUUAAGCUGCAAGACGAAAUUCGAUUACGAGGAAAGAAUCUCACAACAGAUUGAUGAAAUAUUUACAACGUGGCCGAUAAAACCUAAAAUAAUUAUUUAUCUCGUAUGUCCGAAACAAGACGUCGCGAACGCGCUUCGGCGUACGAAUCAUCUGACAGAUGAUAGUCUCAAUGAAAGCGAAUUCGCGAUAAAACUAUUCGAAUCCGAACACGACGAUUGUGAUUUCUCUCAAGUUGCAAACGAACGAUGGAUCGCGAAUAAUGAUCAAAGUUUGAUGAAAAUAAUAUCCGAUAUAACGCGCAACGUCGAGAUGCGAUGUGAUCUUUACGAGCGAUUGGCGUUGCCAGUGAUCGAUAAAUGGAUCCUUACGCAUGAUCCUCAGCAUGUGAUCCGCGUGGACGGCCGCAGCUCCACGCAGCGAAUACUUGAAAUUGUCCAAACGCGUUUGUGCGCUUUGGCAUUACUGCCGUCGAUCCUUCCAAGGGAAAUGAUCGAACAGAAUGACGUACGUUUGCUGGAAACAUCUCCGAAGAUAAACGUGAGCGAUGAGCUUGCGGUAGAAUUCGCUGAGAAGGCUUUCGAGAUUCUGAAGCAAAGAGAGAUCGUGUCUUCCAGAUUCCCCUGGAGACUUUCCGCGUGGAAGUUUUACUGUCCUGUUGAGCUGGCUCAAGGGCGAACCGUUAAGGGACUCCCGAAGCAUGCGGUGCGAUUUCUGAAUAAGAUCUUUUUCCUUUCUUCUCGGGAAGCCAAGAACUUAUUCAUCGAAAAUCCGAGGACAUUUUUAUUGCCACCGAAUCCGCGGCCAACCUGCAAAAUAGCGGUAUUUGGGCCAAAGUACUCUGGCAAAUCGGAACUUAGCACAACAUUGGCAAAGAUUUUCGGCGGAACAGUGAUAAAUGUCGAUGAGGUUGUAAAAAAAUCAAUUAGACAAUAUGAAAAACCUCUGAUUCGAGAAUUACAUGAGAACGAUUCGAGUCCACAAAUUUCGCUGAAGCCGUUUGACAUAUCAGCUGAAGAAAAGGCAGAUAUUAUUAUACAGAACAUUAAGCGAAUACCUCAUGAAGAGCUGGAAGACGAACUUCGAAGAGAUGGUGGAUACAUCGUGGACGGAAUGUGUAUGGACAUCAAAGUCUGGCGAAAAAUUGUUGACGACGCUAACAUUAUGUUUGAGGACAUUGUCGUUUUGUUCGAAGACGAGCCGUACGCCUACUUGCUGAAUAAAUUUCUCAUUCUCUCUCAUCUCGAUGAUUCUCUAGAUGACAUGGAGGCGGAGAAACAUGUAGCAUUGCGCGAAGAUGCGGAAUGGGAAUACCUUGAGCAUUUAACGCGAUUUGAAUCGGAGUGGGCAAUAUUCGAGCAACAAAUUCCUGAAUCGAGAGAAAACAUAAUAAAGUGUAAUCUUGCAAAUAUUAAAGAUGUAACGGAAUAUGUGGUAAAUUGUAUUAAACGUCGUUUUGAUGUCACGAUUACCGCACCGAAUGUCGAAGAAAAAGAUAAAGGCAAUGAGAUUCCGAAAGAAACGGCAGAAAACAAUACGAACUUGGCUAAUAAAAAUACUAAAGAAAGAAAAAAAAAUCUCGCGUACACCGUCGAUCUUGACACAGCUGAACGACUUCUCGAGUGCGGCUACUGUUUCUUCUACUGUUCUUUCGGUCGAUGGUGUCCCGUGCAAAUAUACAUCGACGAGAUACCAAUUCUAAUGUUUCUACCGAUGAAGGCUCGGGGCCAGAUUUAUCCAGUCGUACGUCAUCCGUAUAUUUAUUUUUUUUCAGGCGAAGAAGCACUCAACGCUUUUUUAAAGAAUUCCUCGAAGUAUCUCGCACAGGAUGUCCGUCCGUCGCUUCUUCCGCUUCGAAUUUCCAUCAUCGGACCGCCGAAAUGUGGGAAAACAACAUUAGCGAAUCGUUUAGCUAAAACAUACGGUAUGAAAGUAAUUACCCGCGGCGAAGCGUUACGUCACAUGUUGAAACACUACCCUUGGACCGAGUCGGCACGAAUAAUCGAAAAUCAGCUUCGAGCUGGCCAGGCUGCUUCGAUCGAAUCUGUAACGCGUGCCAUCGAGAUGUCUUCCAUAGGACCACGCGCGGCAACUCAAGGUUACGUUUUGGACGAUUGCCCUUCGAAUCGUAAGGAAGCCGAGCAAUUAGUUAUUUUAGGAAUGCAGCCGAUGAUCGUGCUCGAUCUCAAGGCGGAUCUGGACUUCUGUCUCGAAUGCCUCGCUUGGGAUAGCGACGACACAAAAAGCCCAUUGAAUUUUUCCGCCGAUUUCCUAUCGCGGCGUUACGCCGACUGGAAAACGAACCAAGCGAGUUUUCGAGAUUGGCUGAAAAAGUUUUCGCAGAACGUGGUCGAACUGGAUGCUACCAAGAGUAAAUGGUACGUGUGGACUCGCGCGGAUCACGCGGUGCGCUGCCGAUUUGCCGACAUCGUGCUUUAUUCUCGUGAGGCGAAUCUGGACAAGGUUCACAAUUUGAGACACAUGUGCGUAUCACCCUAUGAGUUCCGAUCGCGACAGAGUCGAUACGAGUCGUGUUGUCCCGUUUGCUUUUUCCGCGAGAAUACCUUGAGGACUUCCGGUCAAUUGGUGAACAGCCAAGGGAUGGUCCAGUUCAGAGAAUACUUUUAUUGGAUUUGUCCGCAACACAUAGAUACUUUUGUUAAAGAUCCGCUGUAUUAUCUUUUGUCUGCCACUGUGCCUCUUCUAGAUGAAUUACCUCGAAUACUGCAGGAGAUAGUCGACACGGAACACGCUUGUUGGGCACAGCGUCUUCAAGUCGGCGAGUUGUGCCUAGUAACUUACGUCGAUGGUUUACCGAAGCGCAACUUGACACGAGGCAGAGUCGAUUUAGGUGUUAUCUUCAAAGAUAAGGUAUAUCUCUUCUGCAACGAAGAGUGUCGCGAAAAGUUUCUCACGCGGCCCGGCAAGUACUCCGAAAUGGAUAUUGCUUUCCCUCGCGAACUUCCGCCGAUCGAAGUGAGACAUUUGCCGGACCGGGGCUUCCUGGAGCAAACAGUGGCGAAAACGCUGGUCGAGGCUGUAAAUCUAGUCGCCGCUCGUCGUCCGAAGAUAGCCGGUCUAUCGGCAGUUGCCAGCGCGGCCGUUUGCAUCGGCGUUUACUUGAAGAUGCACAACGCAGUCGAGAACUCAAUCGAAAUGGAUAUUUAUGAAGCUGUGAGCAAGCGAAUCGCGGAACGAAAUAGAAUUAUAGAGAUCGCUACCGACGCUAUGAAGAGAAAGCAGAAUCCUUAAAUAUCUGUAUCAAAAUAAUUUCGUUCAAAUAUCUCGUUAUGCAUCAUUACAUUUCAUAUCGAUACGUAUAUCUAAAUUAAUCUUUAUUAUCUUAUUAUCUGAUAAAUAUAUAUUUUUAUUUGAAAAGCAUAUUAUUUUACGUUAUUGUCAAGAAUUUAAGCUAUCGAACUUCUUUUUU